GCAGUAAUGCGCUGUUCACGUUUGCACACCGCCGCUAAACCAAAGACAGAAGUUGUUGUUGUUGUGAGGAUGUGUCAGUGUUUUAACAUUUAACAUGUCGUGUGCAGCUGUGAAUUGUACAAAUCGUCAUUCACCAGGAUCUAGUACAAGUUUUCAUCGUUUCCCAUUAGGUGAUAAAGAUCGGCUUCAGCAGUGGCUGGUGAACAUCAGACGUGACCAUUUCAAGCCGUCUCCAUCUUCUCGUAUAUGUUCCCACCACUUUAAAGACAGCUGCUUCUUCACAAACAAUAAAGGUCAAAUGUGCCUUGCUAAAACGGCUGUCCCUACCAUAUUUUUCAUCCCUGGCCCCUUUCAGAAGCAGCCACGGCGCACCCAAGUAAGGCAGAGGAACGUGGAAAGUCAUGAAUUUCAUACAUACUGUCUCAAAAGGGAUGACAGGAGAAAGUAUGUGGAGGAGGAAGUUGUUUUGGAUGAGUUUGUGAAAGAGGAAGAUCCAGACAUGACUGAAACUAGUGGGACCCCAGUGAUUUACCCCACUGAAAUAUGCGUCAUUGCAGUUAGACAUGAUCAUUGCUACUGUUCUUGGUCUUCAAACACAGCUUGUAGUUCCAUGGAGGACAGCAGCUCAACGACAGACAUGCAGGAGACCGAAUCACCAGAGAUGUUGAAGUACAAUUUGAACUUAGUCCUGAGAAAGAUCAAGGCUUGCAGAAAAAAGAUGAAACUGAAGAAUGCUACGAUUAGAAGGUUAAAAAGAAAAUUGACUUCACUGUCUUCCAUCAUUUCGGAGCUGAAAGCGAAAGAUCUCAUAGAGACAAAAAUCAUGUUACCCUCAGGCAAAGCAAGUUCUGAAAGGAUCUAAACCAUGGGCUCCAGCUCAAACCGAAGAGUCGAGAGCUGUAAAAUAAUUACUCCUGUCUUCCUCUCUUCACGAAGUGCUGGAUCCUGGACUCCAAACUCUCACAGCGCGGCCGGUCCAGAAGAGGCUG